AGACAAGCGGAACUCACAAGUCACUGUUGCGGAGCGCUUCUUCGCGUCGUACCAAAUCGCGUGCGGUAUGAACUACCUGGCGGCCAAUGGAGUGGUCCACAGAGACCUGGCCACCCGCAACUGCAUGAUGAACAGCGCUGUGAAGGUGUGUGGGGUUUAG